UGCUUCCGGGUUGGCGAUGCAGUGGCGUUUCUGACUGUGGGAGCCUCGGCUUCCCAGUCGUCUGAUGAGCCGGAGCAGCCGAGUCCCUUCCCUGUCUUUCACUCUUCUGGCAUCGGUGGUUUUACUUCUUCGAUUGAACCCUGCUUCCUCGACCCCCCUGGGAGGCCGCCUCCUUCAGGCGCCUCCCUUCUCUCCACGAACUCGCUCUGACAGCUGAGGAACUGGCAAGAUCCUGCUACCCAGAGGGUGAAUGGGUAUCUUUCCUGGAAUAAUCCUAAUUUUUCUAAGGGUGAAGUUUGCAACGGCGGCCGUGAUUGUAAGCGGACACCAGAAAAGUGCCACUGUAAGCCAUGAGAUGUCUGGUCUGAAUUGGAAACCCUUUGUAUAUGGCGGCCUUGCCUCUAUUGUUGCUGAGUUUGGAACUUUCCCUGUGGACCUUACCAAAACACGACUUCAAGUCCAAGGCCAAAGCAUCGAUGUCCGUUUCAAAGAGAUAAAAUAUAGAGGGAUGUUUCAUGCCCUGUUCCGAAUCUAUAAAGAAGAAGGUGUAUUGGCUCUGUAUUCAGGGAUUGCUCCUGCAUUACUAAGACAGGCAUCAUAUGGCACCAUUAAAAUCGGGAUUUACCAAAGCUUGAAGCGAUUAUUUGUAGAACGUUUAGAAGAUGAAACUCUUCUAAUUAAUAUGAUCUGUGGGGUGGUGUCAGGAGUGAUAUCUUCCACUAUAGCCAAUCCCACCGAUGUUCUAAAGAUUCGAAUGCAGGCUCAAGGAAGCUUAUUCCAAGGAAGCAUGAUUGGCAGCUUCAUUGAUAUAUACCAACAAGAAGGCACCAGGGGUUUGUGGAGGGGUGUGGUCCCAACUGCUCAGCGUGCUGCCAUUGUUGUGGGAGUAGAGCUACCAGUCUAUGAUAUUACCAAGAAGCACCUGAUAUUGUCAGGAAUGAUGGGAGAUACAAUUUUAACUCACUUUGUUUCCAGCUUUACAUGUGGCCUGGCUGGGGCUCUGGCGUCCAAUCCAGUUGAUGUGGUGCGAACUCGCAUGAUGAACCAGAGGGCAAUCGUGGGACAUGUGGACCUCUAUAAGGGAACUUUGGAUGGUAUUUUAAAGAUGUGGAAACAUGAAGGCUUUUUUGCCCUCUAUAAAGGAUUUUGGCCAAACUGGCUUCGACUUGGACCAUGGAACAUCAUUCCAAUCUGGAAGGGACUAUGAAGUUUUUAGAAGCCCUGAUGGGAGAUGCCCACAGGAAAGUUCAUGCUGAGGUGGUCUGGGUUUCCUACUCCUAACUAUAGGACUAAAAUAGCUGGGAAAUAAUAACAGGACAGAAUACAUUCAUAGAGUGAAGAAAUCCACAAGAAAUUUUCUUGUGGGUGAAUUGCCCUCCUUUAGCUGUGCAGAGCCAUGUAUUGGGCACUGUGUGUGGUGCUUUGUGAAUAGUCAUGAGCACCACAGGGUUGAAAAGUAAUUCCCUCCCUAUGGGGUCUGUAGGCUGACAGAGAUAUUAUGUCUUUCCUGAACUCUUUGAAAUUCCUCUAAUCACCUAAUGUGUAUAACAAUUAUUCUAGCAUGAAAUUAUACAUUGUCCUUGAUGUUCUUGGAUAUUGUGUAUGUUCUCUUUGUCCCUAAGUAUAUUAGGAUUUUAAUCUGUUUAAUUCCUAAAUGCCAGCAAUCAUAGUGGGCACAUGGUAGGUACUCAGUACAUCUUUGAUUUGACAGGUAUUGUUUUAAAAAAAAGACCUUUAAGCCAAUGCAUCUUAGAAUAGCACAGACUAAGUACCUUAAUUUAAGAGAAUGCAAUGCACAAUUUUAAAACUGGAUUUGGCUUUCAUUAUCAACUGAGAGAUCUUCCAUGACUU